AUGGCAAACGGGCCCGCAUUCCAUGUCAUUGUCUUGGGACCGACAGGUGGACCCCGCGAAGAUAGCGUCACCGGCAUUCUGGUCCGCUCAACAUCCACACACUGGGCCCCCGAAUCAGUCGUGGCUGUGGAUGCAGGUACCCUGCUGGCGGGGAUCAUCCGAUUGUUGGAGCGCUACAUGCCCGAUUGCACGAAUGAGGAAGGCGUCAUGACAAGUGGGCCCUUUAAGGGGCUGGAGCUGCCGAGCAAGACCCCACAGGCAAACGGAGCCCAUGUUUUCCGGGAACUGAUCGGGGCAGUCCUCAUCACCCAUCCUCAUCUGGACCAUAUUGCCGGGUUGGCCAUCAAUACCCCGAUCCUGGAGGCUGGAAAUGGUCCCAAGUCUGUGGCUGCCCUGCCCUCGGUGUUGUCCGCUAUCAAAAACCACAUGUUCAAUGAUGUGAUUUGGCCUAAUUUGUCGGAUGAGGACGGAGGUGCUGGCCUGCUCACUUAUCAGCGCUUGGUGGAGGGCGGGAAUCCGAGAUUCGGUCGCGGGGAGACCAGAGGCUAUGUUCGAGCCUGUAAUGGGCUGUUGACUAAAUGUCUCAGCGUCAGCCACGGCCGGUGCAAGCAGCGAUAUCACCCGGAAACUGGAACGCACCAUCGGGUUGGAAGCACGGUAUUUGCUGAGCAUCAGCUGAUGCUUCCAUCCAGGGCAAUCUCGGUCGAUCACACCGAUGGAAGCUUCUAUUCACCCGCUCGCUCCCCGCGCAUGCUUCCAUCUAGCAACAAAGAACCCGCUAUGGCAACGGUCGAAAGCUCGGCUUUCUUCCUACGCGACCACCGCUCCGGCGAUGAGAUAAUAGUAUUCGGCGACGUCGAGCCCGACUCCGUAUCCCAGGAAGGACACAACAAGCUCGUCUGGGAAGCCGCCGCACCAAAAAUAGCCAACGGCAAGCUCCGAGCGAUCUUUAUCGAAUGCUCCUACAACGACAGCAUAGACGACAGAUACCUGUACGGCCACAUGUGUCCGCGCCAUCUCGUGGCCGAGCUCAGCGUGCUAGCCAACAAAGUUAUGAACGUGCGCGACGGGAACCUAGGCGAGAAGAAGCGCAAGCGCGACUCCAUAGUCCCCAUCGAAACUGGCAGCGAGCAAGUGAGUCCGCGUUCGAAGCGUAGUCAGAGCACUUCGGGGGAUAGGCUGGAGCCCCGGUCUCAUCCUGGUGAUUAUUUUGAGAUCCCUCGAUUGCCUCGAUCGGAUGCACAGGACUAUGGGGAUGGUGGCGAUCAUGCUGAUGUCUUGGAUGCGCCGAAUCCUGAAUCCUGGAUUGAUGUUAGCCCCCUUCCGCUGGAGGGUUUGAAGAUUUACAUCAUUCAUAUCAAGGAGAAUCUCACGGAUGGUCCUCCGCCUGGAGAGCAGAUUCUCAAGGAGCUCAAGGAGCGUGGCGAAACGGCACAUCUGGGAUGUGAAUUCCUCCUCCCUGAUCCCACCGAGGGCAUAUGGAUAUGA